GCCGCGAAUAGAUCGCGGAGAUUGCAAACAUUGUUUUUAAAUUAUUUCUAUUUUUUAAUGUCUAUUUAACGCACACGUAUGCACCCGCCCUCUCCGCUGAUGAGCGCUCAUAAUCCCACCUGGAAAACGCAGAGAUCCGUUUCUUUCUCCAUCUAGUUAAUUGGUGCUCGGCGUUUUCACUCCUGAUUGGCUGGUAGUAAAAAAGCACCUGCAGCUGAAAGCUAUUUCAAAAUUGCGGGAAAAAGAGCCUGGGACAAUUUAUUGGUUUGCAAGUUGUGCUACGACUUCUCCGAGAAACAGAAAAACGAUGGCAGUGCAACUGGUUGCUCAAAUGAAAAUCAGGUCUGGCGAUUGCAUCAAAGUGAAAGGCACGAUAGAAGUAGAUGCCAAAAGUUUUGCCAUCAACCUGGGCCAGAAUGAAUCUGAGCUGGUCCUUCACUUCAACCCUCGCUUUGACAGUCAGGGGGAUAUUAGGACCAUUAUAUGCAAUUCCAAAACGUGUGACGGAUGGGGGAUGGAAGUCAGGGAGGCAGCAUUCCCUUUCCAACAGGGAGAAGAAUUCAAGCUCUUUGUCUGCUUUGAUGCCAAAGAAAUCAUUGUGAAAAUGCACAAGGGGGAAGAACUCAAGUUCCCAAAUCGACUGGAAAUAGAUACAGCGGAAUACUUCUCCAUUGUUGGCGAUCUGAGAAUUAGAACUGUCAGAUUUGAUUGAGCCCAUCCCUUGUAUUGAAGCCUGAAAU